AUGCAAUCCUCAAAAGCCAAGAUCGAUGUGCACGCGCACUACGUCCCAGACUUUUAUGCGCAAGCGCUCAAAGAUGCUGGGCAUCUACCGGGCCCAGAUGGCAUGCCAGGGAUUCCUGAAUGGACCCCCGAGGCGCACCUCAACUUCAUGGAAGCCCAGAACAUAGAGAGAUCCUUCCUGUCCAUCUCCAGCCCGGGGGUAUAUCUUUCCGUGCCAUCCAAGUCCGCGACAGAGAAGGCCUACAAACUCGCACGUCAAGUCAACGAGUAUGGUUCAGAAGUGAAAGCCAAGUAUCCCGACAAAUUUGGAUUCUUUGCUUCGCUUCCCCUCCCAGAUGUGAACGCAUCCGUGGAGGAGAUUACAUACUGCUUCACCCAGCUCGACCCGAAACCCGACGGCAUCGUGCUUAUGUCCAACUUCUACGGAAUGUAUCUCGGCGACCCGGAACUCGAUCCAGUUUACAAGGCGCUGAACGAGGUGAACGCCACAAUCUUUGAGCAUCCUACCGCACCCUGCACGGAGCAUAACCAUUUGAGAUUCUCGAUCGACGGAGAAGAUCCCGAGAUCACACCACCAGAAUGGCUUACCUUGAAUAGACCGGCAGCAGGCCGACAGCGCCGGGCGCCUACCAUCGACUUCCCGUUCGACACGGCUCGCACAUUUGCAGACUUGUUCUACUCUAAGGUUCCGACGCGAUUCCCUCGUAUUCAGUGGAUUAUGCCUCACGCAGGCGGCGGUCUGGUUCCCACUCUGGAUCGGAUCGUCAGCUAUAGCACGCCGGAUGUCAAUCUAACAGAGGCAUUCAUGAAGUCAACCCUGGCGAAAAAUUUCUACUUUGACCUUGCUGGGCCCUGGCCAGUUACCUGGGCGAUUCCUCCUCUGCUUCGGUGGGUGAGCUAUGAGAAGCUGUUGUGGGGGACGGACACGCCUUUCACCCCUUUGGCCAUGGCGGAAGCUGGGAGGAUCAAGUUUGAUCAAGAUGUUGAGGAGGUUUUCGACAACAGUAGGAAGAUCGAAGCUGUGAGGAGGGGAAACGCUGCGAAACUGUUUGGAUGA